UGUAAAGUUGGAGAUUUUGACUGAGGAAGAUGCGAUUGAAAUUUCCCCAAUGGAGGAAAUCAUUUUACAUGAAGACGUAAAGGUUAAAUUUAGCUCGAAUAAAAUACCCAAGGGAUAUGACAACUGUGCAUUUUAUUUCUGGUUUCAUACUUACUUCGUCGAAAAUUUAAGGUUGCGGAUUCCUCGAGAUGAACUUGACAAUCCACAUAAAAAGAAAACACACAAGAUUUUUACUGACGAUUUCUCCGUGGAGAUGACCUUUGAACAAGCUUCCUGACCUUUAGUAAUUUACAUUAUAAACCAAAGACUAUUUUAUAUAUUUUUAUUCACUUGCCAUUCCAUUUUACCCAAUAUUAAUCAAAUUCUUUAUACAAAUAGUAGUUUGUUAGAAUUUUCCAAUUCUAUUGUCAUUUCUUGUUGCUCAAUUUAUGUUUUUAAAAUAUAUAUUUAUGAAAUAAAUAUUUUCAAUGUUCUA